AUGUCGAACCUCAACUCUUGGGAAGAUGACCCUUCGGCCCAGGACGAGAAUCUCUCUCGCCAGGCCCAGCAGCAGCUCAACAUGAAUGCGGCCAACCAGCAGCAGCAGGGUGGUUUCCGCCCAGCGAUUCCUACUUUUCAGCCUGGUGCUGCAUCUUUCCAGCCAGGCGCUCAGUCCUUCACUCCCGGACAGCAAUACGGCGGAGGAUACGGCCAGCAGUACCAGCAGCAACAGCAUCAAUACUACCAGCAAGGGUACUACCCGCAGUACGGCCAGGGCCAGCAAUUCAGCCAGUACAAUCAGCAGGGCCAGGGUGGCAACUUCAGCCAAGGAUAUAAGCAAGGACAGGAUACAGGAUACCCCCAAUAUGGCCAGCAGCAAGGCCAGCAGUACCAGCCUCAAGCUUCCAAAGCCCCUGCCACUCAAGCGGCUCCUGCGGCAUCCAACGCUACCAAGCCCGUCGCUACCAAGCAGGGCGGCGCCAAGGUUCUGAGCAUUGGUGGUGAUUCGGCCAAGCCCAAGGUCGCCAAGGUACUCUCCAUUGGUGGACCCUCUGUCCCGGCCAAGUCUGAUGAAAAGGCUGAGACCAAGGUCGAUACCAAGCCGGAACCCACCGACAAGCCUGAGGCUGGACAAAAGACGACAGCCGCGAAGGCUAUCGAGAAGACUGGAGAGAAGACCAUGGCCUCCAGCGGACGUACCUCGCCCACUCCUUCAUCUGGCCGUUCAAGCCCCUCGGGAGACAAGAAACCUCAGCGCGAUGUCGAUGCAGUCACGAAGGAGCAAGCGGCCGACGUCGACGAAGAGACACUCAAAGAAAUUUAUGGCAAGGAGCAUGUAAACGUCAUCUUUAUUGGACACGUUGAUGCCGGUAAAUCCACACUUGGCGGUUCGAUUCUCUACGCUACUGGUAUGGUCGACGAGCGAACCAUGGACAAGUACAAGAAGGAGGCCAAGGACCUUGGUCGUGAAACUUGGUAUUUGUCAUGGGUCAUGGAUCUGACGAAGGAAGAACGCUCGAAGGGCAAGACUGUCGAGGUUGGUCGCGGUUUCUUCGAGACGGAGAAACGCAGAUACAGCAUUCUCGAUGCCCCUGGCCACAAGACGUAUGUGCCCAACAUGAUCGGUGGUGCUUCUCAGGCCGAUGUUGGCAUUCUGGUCAUUUCGGCCAGAAAGGGUGAAUACGAAACUGGUUUCGAGCGUGGUGGUCAGACUCGUGAGCACGCCAUGUUGGCCAAGACGCAGGGUGUCAACAAGCUCAUUGUUGUCAUCAACAAGAUGGAUGACCCUACUGUCGAAUGGUCACAUGAGCGCUACCUGGAAUGCACAACCAAGCUCGCUCAAUUCCUCAAGGGAACUGGCUACAAUCUAAAGAACGACGUCUUCUUUAUGCCCGUCGCUGCUCAGACGGGCCAGAACAUCAAGGAUCGUCUGCCCAAGGGCAAAGCUCCUUGGUACGAUGGCCCAUCGCUGCUCGAGUAUCUCGACAGCAUGACUGCACUGGAGCGCAAAAUCAACGCACCCUUUAUGAUGCCUGUCAAUGCAAAGUACAAGGAUAUGGGAACUAUGAUUGACGGCAAGAUUGAGGCUGGUGUUAUCAAGAAGGGUAUGAGCCUUGUGAUGAUGCCUCGCAAGCAGAAUGUGGAACUGUCUGCGCUUUACGGAGAGCAGGAAGAGGAAGUUUCUGUACUGCAGUGUGGUGACCAAGUUCGCCUGCGUCUCAAGGGCAUUGAGGAGGAAGAUAUUCUCCCUGGCUUUGUGCUGUGCUCGCCCAAGCGUCUUGUGCACUGCGUCUCCGAGUUUGAGGCGCAAAUCAGAAUCCUGGAUCUCAAGAGUAUUUUGACAUCUGGCUUCAACUGUGUUCUCCACGUGCAUUCGGCGAUUGAAGAGGUUACGUUCUCGGCGUUGCUUCACAAGUUGCAGAAGGGAACCAACCGCAAGAGCAAGCUGCCUCCUACACACGCGAAGAAGGGCGACAGCAUCAUUGCUCGCAUGCAAGUCAUUGGUGGCGCUGGAGCUGUCUGUGUUGAGCGAUUCGAGGACUAUGCCCAGAUGGGCCGUUUCACGCUUCGUGAUCAGGGACAAACGAUUGCCAUUGGUAAAAUUACGAAGCUGAUUCUUGACGAAUAA